CAAAACUGGGCUUUGAUUCCUUCAAUCUUCAAAAUCCGUCCUUUUUGGUGGUUUUUAAGGAAAGAUACAGAAUUCCAAUAUUUUGAUAAAGUAUCAGCACCAAAAAUAAAAUAAAAUAAAAUAGUUCCAUUAUUUUGGAGAGCAUUAUUUUAGCUUUCCCUUUGGACUUGGACUUGCGUAGGAUCCAAGUCCUUUCCCAUUCAUUCUUGGCCUCUUUUUUUUUCACUUUUUAUCUUCUCUUCACCAAAAAUCUUUACCUGACUUUCUUGUAAAACAGAGAAAAAGAAAAGCUGAGUAAUUUGCAGGAUAUGGAGGUUAAUAUCUUUUUCUGUGGUUUAAUGAUUUUCUAAUGACUGUUCAUUCAUGGGAAUUGGAGAGUUUAUCUGAUCUGGGAUUCAUCAGAUUCUUCUUGUCUCUUCAGAUUCUUAAUUUUUUGGAGGAAAUAGUUUGCCGGCCGGCCCACGGGCGAAUAAAUUGCUGCGUUUAUGGGUUGGCUAACUAAGAUUCUUAAAGGUUCUAGCCAUAGAACUUCACAUGGGCAAUAUCGUGGAAGAUAUGGAGAGGAUGGAUAUUGGAGCGAGCCUCGGCGUUCUGUGGAUGAUUCUUCGGACUUCGAUAAAGAAGAAAUCGAAUGUGCAAUUGCACUUUCCCUUUCAGACGCAGACCAAAAAGGGAAAAAGGUUGUUGACCAUGAAACGGAAUCGGAAUCAGAAGCUGAUGAAUGCAUUGCCGAAGUUGAAUCGGAAGCUGAUGAAUGCAUUGCCGAAGUUGAAUCGGAAGCUGGUGAAUGCCUUGCCGAAGUUGAAUCGGAAGCUGGUGAAUGCCUUGUGGAAGUUGAAUCGGAUGAAGAAUCGGAUGAAGACAAACAAUUAGUUAAAGUUGAAACAGAGAAAGAUGAGUGCAUUGCCGAAGUUGAAUCGGAAGCUGGUGAAUGCCUUGUGGAAGUUGAAUCGGAUGAAGACAAACAAUUAGUUAAAGUUGAAACAGAGAAAGAUGAGCAGCUUUCAAAAGCUCAAUUGGAGGAAGAUGAACAGCUUGCCAGGGCUAUUCAAGAAAGUCUCAGCAUGGAUUCUCCUCCUCAUUAUGAUCACGGCGGCUUAUUUAAUCCAUUCUCGUUUCCAUCUGGAUACAGGAUAUGUGCUGGCUGCAAAGCCGAUAUUGGCCGCGGACGAUUUUUGAGUUGCAUGAAUGCUGUUUGGCAUCCAGAAUGUUUUCGCUGCCACGCCUGCAAUCUUCCCAUCACCGAUUAUGAGUUUUCUAUGUCUGGAAAUCGUCCUUACCACAAAUCCUGUUAUAAGGAGCAGCAUCAUCCUAGAUGCGAUGUUUGCAGUAACUUUAUCCCAACCAAUUCAAAAGGUUUGAUCGAGUAUAGGGCACAUCCCUUCUGGAUGCAAAAGUACUGCCCAUCUCAUGAGCGUGAUGGGACGCCUCGGUGUUGCAGCUGUGAAAGAAUGGAGCCAAGAGACACAAGAUAUUUGUUACUAGAUGAUGGUCGGAAGUUAUGCUUGGAGUGUCUAGAUUCUUCUAUUAUGGAUACGCAUGAAUGCCAACCACUUUACCUUGAAAUACAAGAAUUCUAUGAAGGCUUAAACAUGAAAGUGGAGCAGCAGAUUCCAAUGCUCUUGGUCGAGAGACAAGCACUAAAUGAGGCCAUGGAAGGAGAAAAGAAUGGCCAUCAUCACUUGCCAGAAACUAGAGGGCUCUGCUUGUCGGAAGAACAGACUGUUACAACUAUAUUAAAAAGGCCAAAUAUUGGAGCAGGAUACCGGAUCAUAGACAUGAUAACAGAACCUUAUAGGCUGAUCCGUAAAUGUGAAGUCACAGCAAUUCUUGUUUUGUAUGGCCUACCAAGGUUGUUGACAGGGUCAAUUCUUGCUCAUGAGAUGAUGCAUGCAUGGCUCAGACUCAAAGGCUAUCCCAAUCUUAGUCCAGAGGUUGAGGAAGGUAUCUGCCAAGUGCUGGCACACAUGUGGUUAGACUCUGAGAUGUAUUCUGCAUCCGGUAGCGAUAUUCCCUCAUCAUCCUCCUCCACUUCCUCUUCCUCUUCAUCCUCGCCUGCGUCCACGUCGUCCAAGAAGGGGAAACGGUCCGACUUUGAAACGAAACUUGGUGAGUUUUUCAAACACCAGAUCGAGUCAGAUUCGUCCCCGGCUUAUGGAGAAGGGUUCAGGAAAGGAGACCAGGCAGUUCUCAAGUAUGGUCUGAGGAGCACACUUGACCAUAUUCGGCUGACAGGAAGCUUCCCAUAUUGACUUGCACAGGAAUGUUGAAAUAUAUCCAUAUGUAUAAUCAGUUUGCUUUCUCAUCAUCAUGGGAAACAAUACUUUUGCCCCUAUAGUAUUAGUUGCAUAGGACUAAAAAUCCAUUAAAAAGAAAAAUUAUACUCAAUAAGAUACAAUAAACAUAAAAAAAAUGGUUGAUUCUAUACGAAUCCCUGUAAUAUCUUCCCAAAUGUUUGCACUACAUAUUAUACUUACGUGGUAAUUUCAAGAUGUUCAGGAAAAGAAAAUUUUGUAUACAUAUAUGAAUAUGGAAUGAGAAAUGGCAUAUUUUAUAAA